CAACAAAGAAGAAAAAGUCAGCUGACUCAAGCAGGAAGUGAAAGGUAUUUUCUCUGGGAGUAAACAGAUACGUAUUAAGAGGUUUAUCCAUCGCAUUUAAUUGCGUAAUUUAGAGGAUUAGCAGCAUGAAAGGUUUGUUCUGCCGAGCCGGCGCGAGCGAUGCUGAGCCCAAGUUCGUCAUUCAGGAAACGACCCUCCCAGAUGUUUUGGGCGGCCACCUGGUCCGAGUCCAGGUGAAGGCAUGUGGACUCAGCCCGCUGGACCUCAAGCUGCUCGAUGACAUCGGCGUCCACAGAGAUCUGAUACCCGUCGGCAGGGAGGUGGCGGGAGUCGUGCUGCAAGUGGGCUCCCAGGUCUCUUUCUUCCACCCGGAGGAGGAGGUUGUAGGUAUUCUGCCUCUGGACUCUCCCUAUUCUGGACUCUGCGGUGCCAUUGACAUCGAUGAACACUAUUUAGUCCAGAAGCCGGAGAAGCUGAGCUCGGUGUGUGCCGCCGGCGCUCUGCGUGACGCCCUCUGCGCGUACACUGCCCUGCACACACACGCUCGCAUGGCGGCGGGACACACGCUGCUGGUCAUGGACGGCGCCAGCUCUUUCGGGCUCAUGUGCAUCCAGCUGGCUUGUUAUCACGGCGUGAAGGUUUUCACCACGUCGCACUCGCCGCAGAAACACGCUUUCCUGGAGCAGCUGCGGCCCAGCGUGGGGGUCCAGGAUCCUUUAGUAGCCAAAGUUAUUCCGGUGUUUAACGGGCCGUCGGACCUGCUGCCGGCGGUCGUGGAGGAGACGGGAGGACUGGGAGUGGAUAUCGUCAUCGACUCUGGAGUGCGUCUGCAUGAGGAAGAGUCAGAGGAAGCAAAACUCCUUCCACAUAAACAUGACGUCAUCAGUGUGCUGGGAGUGGGGGGGCAUUGGGUCACAUCCCAAAAAGACCUCCAGUUGGAUCCUCCAGAUUGCAGAUUGCUGUACCUUAAAUCGGCCUCCUUGUCUUUCCUCAACCAUGAAGUGUGGACGGCGUCGUCGGCUCAGCAAGGCAGAUACCUGCAUAUUCUCAAGGACAUCGUGGAGAAGAUGUCCACAGGAGUUCUCAGACCGCAGCCCGAGGAGGCGGUCCCUCUCUAUGAAGCCACGGUCGCCAUGGAGACGAUCCAAUGUCACCAGAAGAAAAAGGCAGUCGUCAAACUGUGACGCGCAAAACACUCAGAAACGAUUCAGAGAUGUAAAAUGAGCCAAAAUUCUCAGGAAUUGUCUUCUUUUAGAGUUUAGGGUCUUGAAGGUCACCUUCACCGGCUCGAGGACAAAUUAUUCUUGGGUUCUACCUAACGAGCCACAGUGUUUCCUGCUGAAUAUGUCUGAAUACACAAAACGGAUAACUACCGUCAGUCCGGUUUCUUUGAAAAUCUGCAACGCUUUAUUUGACUCAAUUAAUACACAUUUUUAUCAAACCUAGACGACUGAAGUCCUUGCUUUUGGUGUAAAUACAGCAACCAAGUUUACGAAUUGACGAUGUGAAAUAAACCAAUUUAAGUGUCAUAUAA